CCAUUUUAGAUUUUUUUUUUUCCCAUUUUUUUGGUAGUACGUUAAACCUAACUUCUAAUCAGUCAAAAUCAAAAGUCUUUAAAAGCUUGUCUCUCCCUCUUCCUUCUUUAUCAACCAACCGGAUUCCAUUCUAACUCUGCCGAGGACUUGCUUGACUUACAGAACAGAUUUCUUCAUUUGCAGCCUACACCUACAGGAGGAACAUUUGCAUUGUAUUCAUUGCUUUGUAAGCAUAUGAAUAUUGGAAUCCUUUCUUCUAACUGUGCUAAUUCAAACUCAAUCUUGCCUGAAAACACUGAAAGGAAAAGUAGGCUUGUCAAAUUUUUUGAGAAAAGUAUAGUUGCCAGGAGAGUGUUGCUUUUUGUUUCUAUUUUAGGAAUGUGCAUGCUAAUUGGCGAUGGCAUCCUUACUCCUGCAAUCUCAGUUUUGUCAGCAAUGGAUGGAGUAAAAGCGCGCUUUGAUUCUGUCAGUAAAUCUCUGGUGGAAGCCCUUUCUGCAGUAGUUCUUGUUAUUCUCUUCCUGCUACAGAAAUAUGGCACUUCUCGACCCAGUUUAUUCAAGGCACUAUCACCUCAUUACAUAUUUCUUUUCUUUUCAAGAAAUGGAAAAGAAGGGUGGCUGCUGCUUGGUGGUACCAUCCUCAGCAUCACUGGUUCUGAAGCAAUGUUUGCAGAUCUAGGUCAUUUUAACAAGAGUUCCAUUCAGAUGGCUUUCUUCUUUACAAUAUAUCCAUCUCUGGUUUUUACAUAUGCUGGGCAAACAGCAUAUUUGAUUAAGAACCCUAAUGAUUUCAAGGAUGGAUUUUACAAAUUUAUACCAAACACCGUUUACUGGCCAAUCUUCAUCAUAGCCACACUGGCUGCAAUUGUUGCCAGCCAAUCUCUGAUAUCUGCAACCUUUUCUGUAAUCAAGCAAUCUGUUGUGCUGGAUUAUUUUCCUCGAGUGAAGGUGGUGCACACGUCUCCCAACAACGAAGGAGAAGUUUACUCUCCAGAAGUGAAUUACAUCCUUAUGAUUCUUUGUGUUGCAGUGAUACUCAUAUUUGGGGAUGGAAAUAUUGCGAAUGCUUUUGGUGUUGUUGUUAGCCUAGUCAUGCUCAUUACAACUAUAUUACUGACAUUAGUCAUGAUCAUUAUCUGGAGAACAUCACCGUUGCUGGUUGCACUUUACUUCUCCGUAUUUUUCACAAUGGAGGGUGUUUAUGUGAGUGCAGUCUGCACCAAAAUUCCUGAGGGUGGAUGGAUACCUUUUGCCAUAUCUUUAAUCCUUGCCUUCAUUAUGUUUGGCUGGUACUAUGGGAGACAGAGAAAGAUGGAGUAUGAACUAACGCACAGGAUUGACUUGGCAACACUCGGAAUGCUAUUGUCUGAGCCCGGUGUCCAAAGGGUUCCUGGAUUGUGCUUCUUCUACACCAACAUUCAAGAUGGUUUGACUCCUGUCCUGAGACAUUAUGUCAAAAACAUGAGAUCUCUUCACAAGGUCACUAUUUUUACAACACUUAGGUAUUUACUGGUUCCAAGGGUUAAUCCACAAGAAAGAAUUAUUGUCAGAAAAUUAGCAUUGGAAGGCGUUUAUCGGUGUCUGAUCCAGUAUGGCUAUGCUGAUUCCCUGAACCUGGGAGGAGAUGAUUUUGUGAGUCAAGUCACUCAGAGCUUACAGGCACAUGUAGAAAACGGCUUGGGUUGUUUACCGUCUGAACCUUUGCAGGCUCUGCCUGAGAUUUCUGAACUGGAAGAGGCCAAAAUGGCUAGUGUGGUUCACAUUCGGGGCAAGACAAGGUUUUACAUUAGUAAGAAAUGUAGCAGGUUUGACAGAUUCAUGCUUGUCUUUUAUGAAGUUCUUCAUGGUAAUUCCAGAUCAGCCUUACCUACUCUAGGGGUGCCGCCACCACUGUGUAUUGAGGUUGGGAUGCUUUAUGAGGCUUAAAGAGAUACUUGUAUCAAUGGCUCAAUCAAAUUCAGCUAGAUGCAAUACGUAGGUAAGUAGUAGGAAAGUAUAUUGCAAGGUUCAUAUUUCUUGAACCAGUCUAAGUCCUGACUUCCUAUAAUAUUAUUUUUUUUUGUGAGAACUUUAACUGUUUACUGUACUUUUCUCUAGGCAAAAGGAGAACAAGAACUCCCUAUGGGAGUGUGUAGCACUCUUGUAUGGUUAAAUUUGUUGGGAUCAAAUUGUGGUUAGUUUUAGUUGUUUACUGGAGCCUAUGCUUGCUAGCUAGGAUGUCUUAUAAGAUAGGAGUAUCAUUUUAUGUUAACAGAGAUUAGUUGUUCUUUAUAAAUAAGAGCAUUGAGC